UUUGAAAAAACGAAAGCAUGGUUUGAAGGCCUUUCGAAUCCCUCUAUGGAAGACAGAUUUCGCUAUGAGGUGGCGAAAUUGGAUGAUGAUGCUCGCCAGAAAAGGCUUGCAAAUAGAAAAGUUCUUGAAGAGCAGCGACUUGUUGACGACGAAGAACUUCCUUUCAACGAGUAUGGACUUGGUAACACAUCUCAAAGCCAAUUACCAUAUGGGGAAGAAUCCGGGAAUCCGGGGGCUUCUGAUACAAAACCAUCGGUGUCUAGGCGCAAAAGAUCCAAUAAAAUCACUGCAAGUGAAAAACGCCGCAGCAUGCAGGUCGGGUUUGACGUCGUUUUGGCGCAGGCAGCGAACAAAAGAAAGCCCCGAAAACGCAGGCACGACUGCCGCCACAGUUCAACCCAGCGAGGCCCCAUGAAAAAGAGCAAGAAGAAUGACGAAGAAAACGCCAUAACUCUGCGGUCAUUUUUCGGCUCCAGCUUGACUGAGGAUGCCCACGCAAAUUCCCCGCUCCCAGAGAUUCCAGGGUUUACUGCCAAAAACAAAGGAAAGGCUCUUUUUGAAUUGAUAGCCAGUAUCCCCACCAUAGAUCAGAAAGGUGCAGCGUCCGACAAACAGCAGGUAUUGAAAGCCACUCGAAAAUUCACAAAAUCAGCCACAAGCGAUGGGAAAAGCGGCUGGAAAAUCAGAGGCUUGAAGACAAGCCUCUAUCACCAUCAGCUUUUGGGUGCCGCUUUCAUGCGUGACCGGGAAAAUUCCACUCACGCUCCAUUUGGUGGAUUCUUGUGUGACUUCAUGGGGUUUGGAAAAACAAUUCAGGCUUUAGCUAAUAUUAUGGAUGGCCAAACUUGUGACCCUAAUGACCCCUUGAGAACAACUUUGAUCGUUGUCCCAGCGCACCUUGUGUCGCACUGGAGAAACCAAAUAGCCAAACAUUGCGAUGCGGAUGCCAGAGGAGAAGUCAAAACUUACAAUAGACAUCUAAGGCAACUGACACUCGACAUCGAUAAAUCCAUUCAGAACAGUUUCAUCCUAAGAUCUUAUCCCCGUUGCAUGGCACCUGAACAACCCAUGGAUGAAAAUACAACAUGGGAAUGGUGGAUUGAAACCUACGAGAAACACGCUGGUCCUCUGCAUCGAAACAAGUUUUUGAGAAUCAUUCUUGAUGAGGGACAUGUCAUCAAUAAUUACACCGGGCACACCUCCAUCGCGGUGCGUGCCCUCACCGGCAAAUACAAAUGGAUCUUGAGUGGAACUCCAGUACACAAUUGUAUCGAAGAAUUCUAUCCCCAAUUCGAUUUCCUCAGUGUUCCCCAAACUGGUAACUUCGACACUUUCUUUGGACGAUACUGCAAGGCAAGUGACCAGAAAGCAGAGCAACGCCUUACAAAUCUUUUACGCUCUUUCAUGAUCAAGCGAACACACCAGAGCAGACUUUUCUCGCUCCCGGUCAUCAAGCUCCCUGACCUUGGUGAGGAAGUUGUUAAGGUGAACUUUUGCGAAGCUGAGCGCACUAUCUACGAAAGGAUUGUUGAUUACUUCAUAAAAAACAUGAAUGGUCACGCCUCGGUGGAAGACGGUAGACUCGCUCAGACUCGAUGCUUUUUGACCAUGCUUUUGGUGUUGCGCAUGUUCUGCAGCCACAUACUUACUACUCAAGGGAUGGUUAAGAAACUGCUAUCCGGAUCCUUGAUGCGAGAGCUUAUGACUAUUUCAAACGAUGAAGAUGAAGUGACUCGUCAUACAUCAAAGAGAAUAACCUCAUGGCUUGUAGCUAUGAAAAGGGACACUGGUUUGGGAAUCGCAAAACAACCAGAUUCGGAAGAGGCUGGUCAGUUGCUGGAUGAAAUUCGUGGGGAUGCAAUGAAGCUUGUUCAACGGUUUCACGAGCUCAUGUGCCAGCUUCAUGAGCGAGAAGACUGGGAUGAGCGCUUGGCAAGGACUUCCUGCGCCACCUGUGCAUCACAGCCGGUAAAUACUGUCGUUACAGACUGCAUGCAUCUAUACUGCGAGGAAUGCUUCUACCUUCUUGGCGAUGAUACAAAUUCUGCAACGCCGAGUCGGGUGUGCGUCAAAUGCACUUCACACAUCGAAGAAGCUGCACAAUGCUGCUUCAAUGAGGAUAUAGAGCUGGGCAGCUCCUCUUUGUCCCAAGCCACGGCAUCGGUCGGCAGGAAGCAGGCGCAUAAGCGCAAGAGAAACACGAAGAGAAAUUCUGGAAACGCCCUUAGAAAGAUUGCCACACCCAGGACAGAGGAGAGCGAUGAGUCCGAAGAUGAGGAUGAAAAAACCGACUGGAUUAGGGCCUGCGAUGGAGACAUGCCUGGCGCUAAGCUGAGCAAGAUACAAGAGAUCAUCCGUGGUUGGAUUGAAGACAAUCCAGACGUCAAAAUUGUUGUCUUCACUCAAUUUCUCAAUUUUGUCCAAAAUCUAGCGGCCGCAUUACGGCGGGAGAACUGCCCAAGUGUCUGCUUGACUGGAAAGAUGCGUCCUGAGUGCCGCGAAGAAAGCAUGAAGAAAUUCGCCGAAAAUCCCAACAUCAGGGUUAUGAUUGCCAGUCUCAAGGCCGGAGGAACCGGGCUUGACAUGACCGCCGCAAAUAAAUGCAUUCUCGUGGAUCUGUGGUGGAAUGGGGCUAUGCAAGAUCAGGCAUUUUGUCGUGUCUGGAGAAUAGGCCAGACCAAAUCCGUACAAUGUGUCAAGAUGAUCGUGGAAGACUCAAUCGAUGAGUAUAUUCUGAAGAUCCAGGCACGCAAAGCCGCCGAGAUUAGCAAUACAAUGGGUCUGGAUGUCUUGAAGGAUCGUGAUACUGUUAGAUCCUUGCUCGAGAUGUUCGGGGCCACGGUCGAGGAGAAUGAGAAUGGGGCUUUCAUUGUGACACGCAAUCGAAAGUAG